AUAAAAUAAUUGGCAAACUGGCCAGAAUGCAAUGAUUGGCCCACGCUAAAACGUCGUCGUAACGACGCUCCCAUCAUCAAUCAAAAACGGCAUCGUUUCUGGUGGCUCACACACUUGUCUCCAUCGUUUCUCUCUUUAUUUACCACCCCCACCACCAAAGCCUUUCAUCUCUCUCCGGUUGACCCGAUAAAGUUCUCCACCAGAGACGCACGGAUCUCUCUCUCUCUUCGUAGAUCUGCUCGUAUUACGUCAUCUGAGAUCGGAACCUCUCGUUCUCAGAUCCAUUCGAUUUUCUCCCUUCCCCGCCUAUGCUGUAUCCCCAGAUCUGUAAUUACAAUGGCGGAGACUCUCAAAGAAGACUCAAUCACGAUUCGGGAGGUCUGGAACGACAACCUCCUCGAGGAGUUCGCGUUAAUCCGUGAGAUCGUCGACAAAUUCACCUACGUGGCGAUGGACACCGAGUUCCCCGGCGUGGUCCUCAAGCCCGUCGAGACCUUCAAGCACAACAACGACCUCAACUACCGCACCCUCAAGGAGAACGUCGACCUCCUCAAGCUCAUCCAAGUCGGCCUCACCUUCUCCGACGAGGACGGCAACCUCCCCACCUGCGGCGCCGACGACAAGUUCUGCGUCUGGCAGUUCAACUUCCGCGAGUUCAACAUCGGCGAAGACAUCUACGCGAGCGAGUCCAUCGAGCUUCUCCGCCAGUGCGGGAUCGAUUUCAAGAAGAACCUCGAGAGAGGGAUCGACGUGGCUCGCUUCGGGGAGCUCAUGAUGUCCUCCGGGAUCGUGCUCAACGAUUCCAUCUCGUGGGUUACUUUCCAUGGAGGUUAUGAUUUUGGUUAUUUGGUGAAGCUGCUGACGUGUAAGGAGCUGCCGAUCAAGCAGGCGGAUUUCUUCAAGCUCUUGUAUGUCUACUUCCCCACGGUGUACGAUAUCAAGCACUUGAUGACGUUCUGCAACGGGCUGUUUGGUGGGUUGAACAGGCUCGCGGAGCUUAUGGGGGUGGAGAGAGUUGGGGUUUGUCAUCAGGCCGGGUCGGAUAGCUUGCUUACGUUGGGGUCGUUUAGGAAGCUUAAGGAGCGGUAUUUCCCUGGUUCGACUGAGAGAUACUCUGGUGUGCUGUAUGGUCUAGGUGUGGAAGAUGGUGGUGGUACUAAUGUUGCUAAUUAAGAGAGAGAAAUAAUAAGGUUAAUUAUUGAGGGAAGUUGAUUAUUAGGUUUUAGGAUUUGUGAGUGUGAAGAGACCAAUUAGAACUUGUCUAUGUGUAAAUUGGCAAAAUUGGUUUUUAGUAAGUGAAUGUUGUGUCUUUGUUGUUCUUCUUUCAUGAAAACCCCUUUGAUCAAAUGAAUGUAUAAUCAAUUCAGCUACCCUUUUUAUUAAUAAAUAAUCUCCAAAUUAUAAUUUUUA